AGCCGUUCACCUCAUUACACCCGAACAAAGGUGCACGCUGAGCCUCAAUUGCACUUAAUUGACUUCACCCUAUUUAUACGGAAUUAUUCCAUAAAACACGGCUCAAUAUGGUGUACGCUCCGAUUCGUCGUUUCGCUAAUCUCCGUCAUGACUGUCCUGAUAUUUCUGAUUCUAUGCUACUGAACUCCAAUAAUCAAACCGAAUUUACAGGAGUUGCUGAUGUUGUUGUUGCUGGUGCUGGGAUCAUUGGGCUCUGCUACGCAAUUCACCUUAAAAACAUUUCCCCCCACUUGGAGAUAAAUGUUUUUGAAAAGAGCUCCUCACCUACGCAGAAGAUCGGAGAGUCGACACUCUCUUCUUUCUCGAGAUUUGUCAGUGGAGAUAUUAUUCCUCAUGACUACUUUCUUCGUCUGUUUGGCUUGAAAGAUGGAUUGCAGUUUUAUUGUGUCGAUGAACGUGGUUUAUCGGUUACAUCAGAGGAUAUUGGAGGACUUGACCUGUCGUUUCAGCUUGAUCGACGAAUGUCUGAGUUGUUUUUGACCAUGUGGGCUCAGAAGAUAGGAAUCAACGUAUAUCAUGGUGUUGGUACUGAUUUCAAAGUAAUGCCUGAGGAUGCAUUUGCCAUAUCUGCCAAUGGUGAUAAAGACGGCGUUGCUGCCCCCAACCAAGAGAUUGGAACAGCAAUGAAUCAUUUCACGGCCCCGCAGGUCUUGCUAGACGACGCUUCGCAAUCUCUUGCGACUUCUGUGAAAGCCAAAUUAGUUUGCGAUGCAACCGGAUUUUCGAGGAGAUUGACCUCCAAGUUUGGAAAUCGAGAGACGUUUAAGGGGGGGUGGAACUGUGAUGCAUAUUGGGCAUAUUUCCAAGAGACGGACGUUAAGACAGAGGAUCGCCUUGACCAUUGGAACUAUCCAGCAACCAAGCAUAUUUGCUUUCCAGAGGGCUGGGGAUGGUUCAUCAAGCUCAUCUCUUGGGAGAAAUCGCCACUGAGUAAUCUUAUGGAUCUGAUUUCCUAUGUGAUCGACAACGCCAAGCGUAAUGUUUCUGCGCGCGACAUCCCUUCGACGACGGUUCUAUCCGAAAUGUUUGAUUGUCCUUUCGAGUUUAUAACUUCUAUUGGGUGGGCGGUUAGGAACGAUCACAAAUUCCCCGAUAAUCUUGAAGAAUAUGGGGCUACUGAAUCCGAGAGAAAAUUCACCUACUUCAAGAGGAAAUACCCAACGUUGGAGCGCCUUAUGGAUAACAGCUACGCUAUUCUCCCUAAUUACUACGGGAAGAAGACUUACUUUGUAAGAAAGUCCAUGGCUUUCCAGAGCCCAGUAGUAGCCGGGGACGGGUGGCUUGCUAUUGGAAAUUCUGCAGGUUUCACAAAUCCCCUGAUCUCACCUGGGAUCAAUGCUGGAAUUGGUGGCGCAUUCUAUGCGGCUAUGCUCACCCAAGAAAUAUUUGCUGCGCCAGAGGAGAGCUCGCGGGCGGUAAUGAAGAAAAGUGCCAACGCAUUCCAGGCUUAUCAUCACGAUUUCAUGAUGCCUCGGCUCAAUCAGAUGAAUAGGUUCUGGUACAGCAUGUUUCGAGACCACAGACUAUUUGAGGCCAUGAUUCCAUCUUUCUGGGCGGUUGGAGUCCAAGAGAUUGACCACCUUUACGGAGCUAGUUUUGUAGCUGAGGACGUCAACUGGGUUGUUGGUGCUGGAACCGCCGACUUUCAAACAUACUCCAAAGCGGUUUUAGAUGUCUUGGAGCCGACUUUUGAUGGUGUUGCUCCAACUGAGGACGCUGUGGAAAAAGUUCAGGCUCUCAGUAAGCAAUUGAGACGUCGUUUGCAUGACAGGUAUCCAGGGAAUAAGUGGGGAUGUUAUCUUCGGAAAUACGAUGAUAGUCUUCGUAUCGUACCAGGAAAGCAUGAGAGGGACAUAGGCGGUAAGUACACAUGUAUACAAUGCGUUGGAUGCAAAUAUUGGAUGCAUAAUUUCAGCGAUUUCUGCCUCAUCUGUGGGACUCCCAAGUAGAAUUAAAUAGACAGUAUUGCUUGCCGGUAGAUUAGUUGUGUUGUGUUUGCCUAAAUAAAUAUUGGAAAUAACCCAG